UUUUCAAAACAUUGUGUCGACAUUAACUCACUAAAUUGUGCUUUAUACUGGUAUUAAAGUUAUCAAAGACUGGUGUUUUGAAGAUUGAUAGAUACUUCAACUACUACAUACUUUUAUUCGACCGAUCAUUACGUUCGAGGAAGACCUACACGCUUUUUCUGUGAUCGUAUUUCUUACAGUUUAGUUUGUCAGUGUCAAAUCACUCUGUGAGUGUGAGUGUCUCUAGAGUAGACUGUAUCUCACUCUCUGCCUCUGGCUGUCUCAUAGGCCAAGACAUAGUGGACAUAGUGCUCUAGUGACGAGCGUGCAUGUGGGCGAGGCUAGUUGUUGAUGAAUAACCGGAUAAACUGGAGCAAUAGUCCAUUAUGAGUGAAUUCAAACGGUCGCGGACACACUGCAGCACGUCGGUGCUUCCUUGUGGAACAACUGAGCGUGAAAAUCGACAGACGAAAACCAGAGCUCUGAACCCGAGAACUACUUCAUCGAGAUCUGUAUCAUUCAACCCAAACAUUAUCGAAACUUCUUUCGGUGGAACACAGAAAGUUGCAAAAAUAAAACAAACUUUAAAUGACUCUCGUGGAAUCUUAGUAGAAGACACAAACAUUUCCAACUGUGAUCCGAUCACUGAAGAAACGUCAUCACUAGAAAUUGGGAACACGAGUGCCAGAAACUCCCCAAAAUCUCGAAGGACUAAGAGUUUCCCAUCAGGACCUAGCAGUGCGAUACCAAGCAGGAAUCAAAUGAUGACAUCGCAACGGCGCCUGGGACAAAAUGGGCAGGGAACAGGAACGCCAGAAUGUUUCAAAUCUGUUCAAACUCAUGAGACACCGAACCGAAAAUCUAAGGACUCGAUCCGGAGAAGUACGUCGAUGUUGUACCCGGAUGAUUUUCAUGGGGAUAGUUGCGGUGUGACGGUUGCGGUACGGGUUCGCCCAUUCAGUAAGAGAGAGUUGACCUUUCCGGAUGUCAAAUGCAUCAUGUCCAUGGAUGAAAAUGAGACCACGGUCACCUCCGAUAACGGCACGCAUCGCUUUACGUACGACUUCUCUUUCUGGUCGUUUGACUCGGACAACGGAGAAUUCGCCUCCCAAGAUCAUGUGUACAACAUGCUCGCCCAGCCUUUAUUGGGUAAAGCGUUCGAGGGGUACAACACGUGUUUGUUUGCGUACGGGCAGACUGGAAGUGGGAAAAGUUACAGCGUGAUGGGCCAUAAUGAAGAAGUUGGUAUUAUCCCACGAUUUAGUGAGGAGCUGUUCUUGAGGCGGGAGGAUUUGAUUGGUGGGAAAGACCAUGUAUCAGUAAACGUAGAGAUCAGCUUCUUCGAGAUCUAUAAUGAGAAGAUCCACGACCUGCUUGCCUCUAGCUGUUCAUUAAAUGAGAAAGUUGGGAAGAGACCAAUCCUAAGAGUUCGUGAGCACCCUGUCCUUGGCCCGUAUGUUGAAGGUCUCUCAACGCACGUCGUAAACACCUUUGACGAUAUUCAAACAUGGCUGAACUUGGGCAACAAACAGCGAGCAACAGCAGCAACUGGGAUGAAUGACAAGAGUAGCAGAUCACAUUCUGUAUUCACCGUGGUGCUCACCCAAACUAAGACUGAUGUGUUGGAGGGAGAAUGUCACGAACACUCGACCACAAGUAAGAUCAAUCUGAUUGACUUGGCAGGGAGUGAGAGGCAGUCCGCAGCAAAAACAUCAGGCGAUAGACUCAAGGAGGGUGCUAGUAUCAACAAAUCGCUCCACACACUCGGUAAAGUUAUAUCACAGCUCUCGGAACUCUCCUCCAACCCCAGCAAGAAAAAGAAAGUGUUCAUCCCCUAUCGAGAUUCAGUCCUGACUUGGUUGCUGAAAGAAAGUCUUGGCGGGAAUUCCAAGACUGCCAUGUUGGCUACAGUUAGUCCUGCUAAUAUUUGCUUGGAGGAGACGAUGAGUACGCUACGCUACGCACGACAGGCAAGGACAAUUGUCAAUACUGCGAGAAUAAAUGAGGAUGCAAAGGCGAGGCUCAUCAGAGAGUUGCGUUCUGAAAUUGAGAAGCUGCGUAGUCAGACAGGCAAUGCUAUGCACACUGAGGAUGAUUUUGACGCUCAGGCUGCAAGCCUCGCUGAAAUAGCCUCACUCAAGUCCAAGCUGCUCGAGAAGGAGAAAGCCAUGCAAGAGAUGUCGAGGUCAUGGCAGGAGAGGCUCCAAUCAUCUGAAGCCAGGAAGAAGGAGGAGACAAAGUUGUUAGAGAAAUCUGGUGUGACUUUGAAAAUCAACAACAAACUGCCAAACCUUGUGAAUCUGAAUGAAGACCCGCAGCUCUCCGAGAUGUUGCUGUACAUGUUGAAGCCGGGACAGUCACAGGUCGGCCGCAAGAUGACCACUUCUGAACAUGAUAUACAGUUAAAUGGGGCUCUCAUUGCUGAUGACCAUUGCUUUUUUGACCACGUUGACGAUGUUGUUUACCUCAUCCCUAUAAACGAUGCUCUGACGUACGUCAAUGGUGACCUCAUCACUGAGAGGAUAACGCUGCAUCAUGGUGAUCGCGUUAUCCUUGGUGGAGACCACUAUUUCAGGUUUAAUAACCCAAAAGAGUUGAAGGAGCGAGAAGGAAGGCCAAACACUGCCAUGGCAAACCAUGUCAAAGACUUUGAAUUUGCGCGUCAGGAGCUGAUCAGGGUUCAGAAUGCCAGACUUGAGCAAGAACUAGAAGAAACGAGGAAAAAGGCCCAAGAGGAGAUGAGGCAUGAACUGGAAUCUGUGAAGAGUUCAGCGAAGAAAGAACUGAAGGAAAAGCUUGAGAAGACGAGGCAGCAGGCAGCGCAGGAGUUGAUACAGCAGAAGACAUCAUACGAGGGCCGCCUGGCCCAGCUGGAGAGAGAAUUGAAAGCCAAAGAGGAGCAGACCCACCAAGAUACUGAGGGUAUAAUGAAGAAAGCUGAACAGCUGGAGAGACAGAACCAGUUGCUACAGCAAACAGUGAUCGCCAACAAGAAACGACUUGAACUCGAGGCUCAGGCUGCUAAUCAGGCUGUCAAAAACUCCAAGAUCAGCCAUUUCAAGUUCUUUGAAAAACUUGAGAACGAAAAGCAGAAGAUACAGCUGGAUGUGAAACGACUGUCGGAGUUGAGGAGCAAGAAAGAGAGUGCAACGCCAGUCAAACAGCCCUUGGGGCAACUUACGCCAUUGAAAAUCGACCAGAACGGUAACCGGAUGGACCUUUAUAGGAAUGCGCUACUGCUGCGGGAGGCGAACAAGAUAAGUCAGUACUUGAAGAGAGACACUUUAUUCAGUCUUGAGGAAAUCCCCAAUGACGGCCAAUAUGUCAUCAACGUCACCAACACAAAGCUUGGCAUCACGACUUUCUGGACCCUGGAAAAAUUCGAGGAUAAAUUGGUGGAGUUUCGCGAGGCGUACCAGGCAGAGGGUGCCAGUGAUGUCAGCGAUGACCUGUUUUAUAAUCCUAAUGAUACAUGGGAGCAGGUCGAGCGGAUCAAUUCACCAACGGAUUCUAAGAGAUUAAGGUGUGCAAUUCGGAAGAGCCUGAGCCCAAAGUCACCCAUGAUUCUGCGGAAACUCAGUUUCAAUGAGAGUGAUAAAGUUGAGAUGAUAGUGGAGGAAGAGUCGCCGAGAGAGAAGUCAUUAGCGUCGUCCGUUUUUGAUAUAUGCCGAGAACUGCUCAGCGAAACUGGAGAAAAGUUGAAAGACCCACGUUUAGAUGACAGUAUAGCUGACAUGGUGCUGUGGGACCUUGAUGCCAUAUACUCGGCCCUAUCUUCCUUGAUGGAUGCAAGGAGUACCGUAGCUUUUGAUAUCAAUUCCACAAGCUCUGAGCAGACCCAAGUCCAGAGCAUUCAGCUGACAGUUUCCAUGAAGCAGUUGGUUUGUCACGCCACCAGCUGGGCGGCAUCCUACAAUGGCCUCGGUUCACCGCUAAUCAAAUCGUACAUGGACAAGAUCAUCGAGACGAUGAAAAAACUUUCAAAUUAUCUGGUGCUAUUUCUGCAGGGCUAUGCAAGCGACAUAACAACAAUGGUGAAUGGGUCUUCUUCUGACAGUCAUGAUGCUCUCUUCAGUAUUGCCAAACAGUGUGGAGAGGUGGCGCUGGCAACUGAGAUGCGCAUGAACAGCCUAGUGGAUUCGCGACUUGAUGUAUUUGAUGACGAGGACGAGGAUACUCGUAUGCCAAAGCUUUACCACCUGAUCAAGAUGUCCUUCCUUGGCGGCAGUGACCUCUUCAUUGACAAGACUAUCCAGGGCGGUAUCAAGACGGUGGAAGAUUGCGAAUUGAGCAUACAGACGUUAGGUGACAACACUGGUUACCGAGAAGAGAUAGCGGAAAUACUCCAACAUGUUGAAAUCUUAGUCGCGUCUGCUCGAGUUCUCUUGGUCAAAAUGCAAGAAAUCCAAGUGCAGGUGAACGUCUCAAUGAGAGAAAGUGAAGAGGGUGGAAAACCUGAGAAUUAUUAUGACCGCAGUUACCGGAGACUACAGGGUCUGGUUACACAGAUCACAGGACUUUCUGAGAGUGUUGGUUUGCUGUGUAAGGCUGCUGGGGCCGUUGCUGGGGGUACUGAGAAGGACUUGCGUCGUCUCAUUCGUGGUGUUGAAAUGAUCACAAAGUCGACGAAAAAGCUGAUUACGAUAUCGUACGGUGACAGCAACUACAACAGUCUCGACACUCAGUCGGAAAGUUCUGAGGCAUCGAUAUUGAACGACAUGCAGAAUGAACUAUUAGACCUCGCGUCACAGGAGGUUCAGCUGUCUUCAAGGACUUUGAUCAAUUAUCUCCAAAAACAGCUGGAGUCGAAUCCCACGUAUAAUUGUCCGAUUCGUGGGAAACGUGUGCUGCCACCAUCGCCCGAUCGUGGCGUUGGUAUCGGCGGGUCGAAUUCUGUGAUUCGUCACUGCAGUAUCAAGCAACGGCUAGUGCUGAUUGAUGGACAUGGCAACUGAAAUCAUCAGAGAUUGGACUAUCCCCAUAAAGGUCAUCAACUGACUGAACUGUGUUCAUAUAUUUAAAUUAUUUCGACUCUGAAUCCAUUGAAACUGCAUUUCAGGACCUGGCCCUUCAAAAUUAGUCAGCUUUAACUUAGCACUGAGUUCGACUGGCUUAUGUGACUUGACUUGUUUUGAAUGACCGGACUGGUGGAUUUAAGUGAGGAGUAUUCUCAGGAGAGUAAUGGACUGGGUCACAGCUUUAAAUUAUUAUUAGACUGGACAGUUCAUUGCUGCAUUUCCAGUGGUUAUACAUGUACGUGAGAAAUGUUCUUAGAAAACGAAGUGGACAAUCUGAAUCUCAUGCGUGAAGACAAGACAGAUAAAUUGGACAGGAUUUGAGCAUAUCCAGUCUUAGAGCUCACGAUGUCAUAGUGACAAUUCUCAACUCGUUGAAUCAAAUCAACAUGUAGGACCAUUUGUUGGUGGCACCAUUUUGCCCCAUUGAUGGACAAAUCAAUGGCUUUUUUACACAUCAUUGUACACUAAACUGCCAUCCUUCACAGUACUGCCAAUUACCUUGUUUAGAAAGCUGUAUAUAACACUUUCGGCGCCGAAACCACGUAGAUCAAAGUGGCCCAAAUCCCCCUCUUUGAGCAGGUUAUCGGAGUCUCAUGCAGAACUACGCCAUCGCCAUCUUCAGGGCAAGGGAGGAACUGAAAGAACUACGCCAUCGCCAUCUUCCGGGCAAGGUAGGAACUGAAGAACUACGCCAUCGCCAUCUUCAGGGCAAGGUAGGAAUUUUCAGUUUCUGCCUUGCCCUGAAGAUGGCGAUGGCGUAGUUCUUUCAUGAAGUCCAUGAGACUCCGAUAACCAGCUCAAAGGGGAGGGGGAUUUGGGUCACGCGUGGUUCGGCGCUGGAGCUGUUAAUCAAAUAGGACGAUUUAUUCUCUUAUAUCUAUUGACAUGCACAUGCAGAGCUUUGUUUAAGCGUCAGAAAAUGCUCAUCAAAAAUGCUUUCUAGCAUAUGGUGAUGUCAAGAGGUUGAUUAUUCUCAAUUCAGAGAAAGCAUCACUUGGCCACUUGUGUCACCAUAUAUAGUCGUCAAAUACCUUGUAGCUACCUUGUACUCAUAGUAGCAACAAUUCACAUUGAUGUAUGUAUACCAAAUAUUAUAACUACUGAAGAUUGUAAACAGUUCUUUUGUAUUUUUUGAUACAACAUUUGAAAUAAAAUG